GGUAGUAGGGACGUGUCUUUCCAGGUAUGAGCUAACUGUCUGGAAGUCACCAAGUUUCAGAGAAAACGUUAGACGAAGAAUAGCUAGAAAGUCUACUGAUUUCCAUAAAAUGAUGUUGUAAAAUACUCAUAACUUGUUUGACGAUAUGAGGAAAUCUGGAGUUCAACUUGGAGCUUGUACUUUGGAGCCCCAAUCAGAUAUCGGAAAGGUAUAAAUCAACAGGUCGUACAAGAUCAGACAUUCUCACGUCUGGCUGACUCCGUCACUAUGUGGAUACUCGUCGCCUCUCUGAUAUUAGGCCUUCAGACUGUGUCUGGCCAGAGCACUAUAAGAUGGUGCGCAAUCUCCGCUCAAGAGAUGACCAAAUGUAACGCCAUGGCGCAGGCUUUCAGCAGUGCGGCCAUCCGUCCGAUUAUCCAAUGCGUCAGCGACGUGUCUGUGGAAGGAUGCGCGCAGAAGAUCGGGAAAAACCAAGUAGAUGCCUUUUCAAUGAGCGCUAAGGAUAUCUACAAAUUGGGGGGAGAAACUAACUUCAAAAUAGCUGCAGGAGAGACUUCUGCUGAUGGAGAGGGCACCACCUACUAUGCGGUUGCCGUGGUGAAGAAGCUGAAGCCGGACAUCAACAUCAACACACUGAAGGGCAGGAAGACAUGUCACACUGGGAAGGGACGUACUGCCGGCUGGAACAUGCCCCUGGGAUACCUCAUCGACCAGAGCAAGAUGUCUGUCAUGGGCUGUAACAUCCCACAAGGCGUGGCAGAUUUCUUUAAUGCCAGCUGUAUCCCUGGGUCACGGGGAGACCCUCCCUCCCUUUGCCAGCUGUGUAGAGGCAACAGCGAUGGACAGUUCGUAUGUGACAACACUGACAAGGAGAGAUACUACGCUUACAAUGGGGCCUUCAGCAACAUAGAUUGUUACUCAGGACAGUUCUCCCCUCCUCUCUCCCUACUCUCUCCCUCCUCUCUCCCCUCCUCUCUCCCUCCUCUCUCCCCUCCUCUCUCCCUCCUCUCUCUCCCAGGGGACAGUGAUGGCAGUGUCUACUAUGCUGUGGCAGUGGUGAAGAAGUCCAACAGUGACAUCACCACGCUGGAGAACCUGAGGGGGAAGAGCUCCUGUCACACUGGCUACGGCCGUACUGCUGGCUGGAACAUCCCCAUGGGUCUGCUCAUAGAGAAAGGUCUCAUCAGACCAGCUCAUUGUCAGAUACCACAAGCCGCUGGAGGUUUCUUUAAGAACAGCUGUGUCCCUGGUGCCAAUCAGCCUGGUUUCCCUGGCAACCUGUGUGACCUGUGUGUGGGGGACAACAAAGGGCAGAACAAGUGUGAGAAAGGCAAGGACCUGUAUGACGGAUACGAUGGAGCGUUCAGGUGUUUGGCCACGGGAACUGGAGAGGUGGCCUUCAUCAAGCACACCACUGUCUUCCAAAACACUGAUGGUAAUUCAGGUGAGUCGUGGGCCAUUGACCUGCAGUCUAAGGACUUCCAGCUGCUGUGUCCCCACGGCUCCAGGGCAGAGGUCACCCAGUACGCCCACUGUAACCUGGCCCGCGUCCCCUCCCACGCCGUUAUGGUACGGCCCGACACCAACAUCUACGCCCUCUAUGGCCUGCUGGACAAAGCACAGGAGUACUAUAGUAGUGACACGGGUUCAGAGUUCAAGAUGUUUGACUCGUCUAAGUACCAGGGCUCUGACCUCAUCUUCAAAGACUCCACUGUCAGCAUGAUCGGAGUGGCUGAGAGGAAGACCUAUGACAAGUGGCUGGGACAGGGCUACAUGGACUCACUUACCAACAUGGAGUGCAACUCCUCUGCUAAAGCACUGUCUUCCCUGCUCCUGGUGGCUCUGAUGAGCUCCAUCUUCCUCUGGGUGUAAGAAGCCAUGUCCUAACCCAAACCAGUCCCCCUGUCCAAGUUCUAGCCCCAAACCAGUCCCCCUGUCCAAGUUCCAGCCCCAACCCAGUCCCCCUGUCCAAGUUCCAGCCCCCCUGUCCAAGUUCCAGCCCCAACCCAGCCCCCCUGUCCAAGUUCCAGC